AUGAUGCUGUCGUCCUAUGUGACUCUCUUUCUUAUCUCAAGUAUUUUCACGAUAAUUUCUUGUGGAACUGUCCAGCAUGCAACGUUACGUGGUGUACCAACUUCAUUACAUUUAAAGUAUGUUCCAUCAAAAUCAUUUUCUUGUCUUGAUGAUUCAUCAACAAUUCCAUUUGAAUUUGUUAAUGAUGAUUAUUGUGAUUGUCGAGACGGAAGUGAUGAACCAGGAACAUCGGCUUGUCCAAAUGGACAAUUUUUUUGCGAAAAUAAAGGUUAUAUUGGUGCAUUAAUACCAUCACAUUUGGUUGGCGAUGGUGUAUGUGAUUGUUGUGAUGGUUCUGAUGAAUAUGAAACAACAAUUGUGUGUAAUAAUACAUGUUUUGAAUUAGCUCAAAAAACUAAAGCUGAGCGUGAAGCAAAACGAGCAUUACAUGCAGCAGGUGUAAUCACAAAGAAGCAAAUUAUUGCUCAAUCAGAACUUACUAAAUCUACUCGAGAAACGCGUCUUAAUGAAUUUGAACAAGAUUUACAAAAACUUGAAAAUGAAUUAAAAGAAAAAGAAGAACUAAAACAAAAAGCGGAAAUUCCAGAAAAUGAAGCCAAAGCUAAACAUCAAAAACUAUGGGAUGAACAACGUGCUAUACGUGAAGCUAUUGCACGUGAUAAUCAAAUGCAUGAAAUGUUUGUUGAUUUAGAUACGAACAAUGAUUCAUUAGUAUCAAUUGAAGAAUUACAAAAACAUACAGAACUUGAUAAUGAUCUUGAAAAUGAAUUUACAGUUGAAGAAGUUCGAUCAAUUCUUGGUGCUGAUUCUGUUAAUUUUAAUGAAUUUAAUGUAACUGUAUUUGAACAAAUAUCAAAUUCUUAUCAAAAAUUAUCACAACCAUCUAGUGAAACUCCUGUUGGUGUAGAUGAUUUAGUUGCAACAACAGAAGCACAUUUAAAACAAGAAGAAGAAGAAGCAGGAAAAGAAGGUCUAAAACAAGAAGAAGCAGAAGCCGAAGCACACUUCAAAGAAGAAGAAGAAGCGACAGCAGCUGCUAAAGAAGGUGAUUAUGAAGAUGAUCUUAGUCAACAAGAAAUACCACCACAUAUUGCUACAUCACUUGAUCAUGAAAAACAUAUUCAUGAUGAUAUACCACCAGAAUAUGACGAUGAAACAAAGAGAUUAAUUGAAUUAGCUGAUCAUGCUCGAAAUGAAUAUAAUGAUGUUGAAAGAAAAACUCAUGAUAUGAGACGACAAAUUGAUGAUUUAAAAAGACAAGCUGAAGUUGAUGUUGGAAUACAGGGUGAAUAUUCAGCAUUUAUUGAUCAAUGUUAUGAUUAUGAAGAACGUGAAUAUACAUAUCGAUUAUGUAUGUUUAAAGAUGCUAAACAAAUUUCAAAAGGUGGUGGUAGUGAUGUAACAAUUGGAUAUUGGGAUUCAUGGUGUGGACCAACAGAUAAUAAAUAUUUGAAAAUGAAAUAUUCAAAUGGUGCAACAUGUUGGAAUGGUCCAGCUCGAUCAUUAACAGUUACAUUUCAAUGUGGAAUUGAACAUAAAAUAAUUGAUGUAAGAGAACCAACACGAUGUGAAUAUGCUAUGUUAUUUGAAACACCAUCAGCAUGUGAUGAAACUAUUGCAACAACAGCAUUACAUCAUGAUCAUGAAGAAUUUUAA